AUGGUUAACAAACUUGGGCGCGUCCAGUUGAUGCCCUCAAUGAUUCCUAAUUCGCCCAAUUUCGACGUCGAAGAUUCAGCUUUUUUCAGAAAAUGGAGUCAGCUACCUUCACCAAAAGAGGUUCGUGCACAAGCCGAAGCUCAGUAUCUUUUGGGAGUCAGUCCAGACAAGAGAAAGGUCUACUCGACCGCCCCUUUCGUAAGGCCACCGCCUGUACUAUUCGAGAAUAUGAGACUGUUUGUCAAAUGGGGGAGCGGCGUGAGUAUAUCAGAGGCUCAGUGUCUGUAUGCUAUCUGCCGAUUUCUUCGAGACGAUGUUCCAGUCCCUGAGGUAUAUGGUUGGCGUGUGGAUGGAGACGAGAACUUCAUUUACAUGGAAUAUACAGAGGGACAAACUCUGGAAAAGGUGUGGGAUGUAAUGGAACCCGGUGAUCGGGUUUCGAUCUGCCAGGAACUUCGAACAAUCCUUGAUAAUUUACGCCGACUUGAACAAGAUUCAUCCGAUCCAUUUAUAGGCAACGUAGUACGCGAGCCUCUCUACGACAGAGCAUUCCAUAUAAGUUACCUGUCAGAAGCCGGACCAUUCGCUACAGUCCGUGAUUUUCACGAAUGGUUCACAUUUCUCCCCCGACGGCGAAUGUCGAAUCCAUACUCGGUCCCGGUCGAACCAUUUCGCCAUGACUUACCUGAUAACAGUACGAUUAAGUUCACUCAUGGCGAUCUCCACCGAAGCAACAUCAUUGUAACUCCGCUUCCCCCAUAUCGUACUCUAGCGAUUGUCGAUUGGGAGCAAUCAGGCUGGCUACCUGCAUAUUGGGAGGCCCGCAAGGCACAGUAUACUGCCGACAGGAGUAAAGAAUGGUCUGUUCAGUAUUUGCCGAUGAUUUUGGAUCAGUAUACAGGUACCUGGGAUCCAUGGGACUGGUAUACGAUGUCUACGGGAUGCUAG